AUGAAACUAGGAAGACCGGCGAAGGAAAAGAGCAACGAUACUGGAUUUGAGGAUGAAGAUCAAGAGGCUCAUGCUUCCAUAACGUCUGAACAACGAUCUGAAAGUGCGAACAAUGAUCGCAUAGUGGGAAACAAAGGGAAGGUCAACAAACUCCACUGCGUCCUUGUUGUGGUUUCCCUCAUCCUCUUUGCUGUGAUUCCUUCUCUCUUCUACGGCCACUCUUUCAAAAUAACCGACAAGGAACACUACAAAGCUGUGGUUGCUCUCGCCGCAUCUCUCUUCUGCAUUAUCUCUCUCUCUUUUGCCAAAGCUUACGCCUUCAACAUGGAUAAACUCAAGACCGUGGCUGAAUACACCGCAAUGGUGAUUGGUGCGUCUGCGGUUUCUUUCAUUGCCAGUCAACUCGUUAGCUUGCCCUCUGGUUACCGAAAAGGAUGA